AUGACCACGCCAAGCCGUAGACGUUUGAUGAGAGAUUUCAAGAAGCUUCAGGAAGACCCACCAGCAGGCGUGUCGGGAGCCCCAACAGAAGACAACAUUCUCCAAUGGGAAGCGAUCAUUUUCGGACCCCAGGAGACGCCAUUCGAGGACGGUACCUUUAAAUUAUCGCUGGAAUUCUCCGAAGAGUACCCGAAUAAGCCGCCGACGGUGAAAUUUAUCUCCAAAAUGUUCCAUCCCAAUGUCUACGCUGACGGUUCGAUUUGUCUCGACAUUCUUCAGAACCGAUGGUCUCCAACAUAUGACGUGGCGGCAAUCCUGACGUCGAUUCAAUCCUUGCUGGACGAGCCGAAUCCCAACUCGCCGGCGAAUUCGCUCGCCGCCCAACUCUACCAGGAGAAUCGACGAGAGUACGAGAAACGGGUUCAGCAGAUUGUCGAGCAGUCAUGGCUCAAUUUCGGCGAGAACGAGGGCGACGCGGUGAUGAAGGACGGCGGUGGUGACGUGGAUCCCGAAGAGAUUCCAACCUCAAAUGGAUCUUCCGGAGGGGGCGGAGCCUCGGCUGCCGCCGACGACGACGAGCGUAUGGAUGAGGGCGGAGCCAGCGGAUCGAAUGCAUAA